AUGGCGACCGCGGACAACAACUCCAACCCCGUGGCAGCCGACGCGCCGGUGGAUGUGAAGCAGUCGGUCCCCAUCCAUAACGAGAUGGACGUAGUCGACGGAGGAGCAGGAGCACCGCUGCCGGAUGGCUGGAAGUACAGAGUCCGCCGCGUUGCAGGUCACCGAAUCCCGUGGUAUGCUUCGCCUAGAGUCCAGCUUAUCAUGGUCUCCUUUGUGUGCUUCUUGUGCCCGGGCAUGUUCAACGCACUCGGUGGCCUCGGAGGGGGUGGACGAAAGGACGCGACCCUGGCCGAUGACAUGAAUACCGCUUUGUAUAGCACCUUCGCCGUUUUCGGCUUCUUUGGCGGUACCUUCGUCAACAAGCUCGGUAUCAAGCUCACCUUGGCUUUCGGAGGAAUUGGCUACUGCAUCUAUGCUGUCAGCUUGCUCGUUUCGCUCCACACAACCAAGCUUGGCUUCCCGAUCUUUGCCGGCGCCCUUCUCGGUAUCUGCGCAGGUUUGCUGUGGACCGCUCAAGGAACCAUUAUGAUUUCGUAUCCUCAUGAGAGUUCUAAGGGCAAGUACUUUGGCUGGUUCUGGGCUAUUUUCAACUUGGGAGCAGUUAUUGGCAGCUUGAUUCCUCUCGCCCAGACAUACAACACCACUGCUAAUGUGGACGUCACGACUGGCACUUAUAUUGCCUUCAUCGUUCUCAUGUUCUGCGGAGCUUGCCUUGCCCUUUGCCUCUGCAAUGCUGGUGACGUAGUCCGAUCAGAUGGAAGCAAGGUCGUAUUGAUGAAGCACCCUAGCUGGCAGUCCGAAUUUGUCGGUCUGUGGGAGACGCUUAGAUAUGAGCCUAUGGUUGUCCUUCUCUUCCCCAUGUUCUGGUCUUCGAACUGGUUCGUCACCUACCAAACCAAUGCCGUCAACAGUGCUCGCUUCAGCACUCGCACCAAGGCCCUCAACACCCUUCUUUACUAUCUCGCCCAGAUUAUCGGUGCCUUGAUCUUCGGCUAUGCUAUGGAUAUCGAUAAAGUUCGCCGUUCCGUGCGUGCUAAGAUUUCCCUUGGCUUCCUUUUCGGGCUGACCAUGGCGGUCUGGGGUGGUGGAUUUGCCUACGCCAAGCUCUAUGAUCGCGACGACGUAAACACCGAUAUCCACCCAGAAUAUGUCCCCACCGACUGGAAGACCAAAGGAUACGUGGGGCCCAUGUUCCUGUACAUUUUCUACGGGUUCUAUGAUUCGGUUUGGCAAGCCGCUGUCUACUGGUAUAUGGGUGCACUCUCCAACUCUGGCCGCCGCUCAGCAAACUAUGUCGGCUUCUACAAGGGUAUCCAAUCCGCUGGUGCCGCCGUGAUGUGGGCUCUGGAUAGUCGCAAGAUCUCCUUCAUGGCCGAGUUCGCCUCCAACUGGGCUCUCCUCAGCUUCUCUCUUCUCUGCGCCGCCCCAGUCAUCUUCUUGAAGGUCAAGGAUCACGUCAGCGUUGAGGAAGAUCUUGCUGGCACGGACGAGACUCUUGCGGAUGUCUUGCCUGAAAACCAUGCUGAGAAGCCUAUUGCUUAA